GUGCCGGAAGGUUCGCCUCGUCGCUCGUUGCGGUCUUCAUGACGACACGGUGGCCGCUGCUGUAGACGACGCACGCUGCCAGACUCGGAUUACCUGUCUUCACCGCGCUCAAAACUAACAAGAUGCCGCGUUCGUUCCUCAUCAAGAAGCACGUCAACGCGGGAGCUACGGCCGUGUCGCGGCCUGUAGCCGUUGUCAAGAGGCCCUGGCUGGACGAGAUUUCGCACGAAGCUGAGGACCUCAGCACGUCGCCCCCGCCAGUAGUGCGGGUGCCUAUGGCGUUGUCACCGGCGCUCUCCGAUGGCUGCGUACCAGAUAUCGCGCGGCCAUUCGACCUCAGCCUAAAGGCGAGAAAAUCGAGCGGGAGGUCCGAGUACCCUUCCAUUCACCGGCCCGUUGCCCUGACACCGCCACCGGGAGUGGCCCUCAUCGCCCCCAAGGGUGACCGGACCAUGGACUGGCCGCACCAGCCUGCGUACCUGGCGCACAGCUACAUGCCGCUCACGCUCUACCCUGUGGCAGCCGCGAGCGACUACUACGCGCCCAUGGUUCCUCCACCUCUAGUGGCUGGCCACCCGCUGACGCCACGCGAUCUGGCCAAGCAGAGCCCACCCCAGCGAGACGCCGUGGUUCCCUCGUGGUCGUCUGGCGUCUCCUCUUCUUCUUCGGACGAAAAGGAGUCGCGUGGCUCGCCAGCGCCCCCUGAGCGGCCCCGGAGGCGGCCCGAGAACGCACCACGCUACCCUUGCACUGGCUGCAACCGCAGCUACUCCACCUACAGCGGCCUGUCCAAGCACCGGCAGUUCCAUUGCUCCGCCACCACGAGCAAGUCCUUCUCGUGCAAAUACUGCGAGAAGGACUACUCGUCGCUGGGCGCGCUCAAGAUGCACAUCCGCACGCACACGCUUCCCUGCAAGUGCAAGCUGUGCGGCAAAGCCUUCUCGCGACCCUGGCUUCUCCAGGGCCACAUAAGGACGCACACCGGAGAGAAGCCGUUCGCCUGCCCACACUGCAGCCGAGCCUUCGCCGACCGCUCAAACCUCCGCGCCCACUUGCAGACGCAUUCGGACAUUAAGAAGUACAGCUGCAAGUCAUGUAGCCGUACUUUCUCGCGCAUGUCCUUGUUGCUCAAGCACGAAGAUGGUGGCUGCCCCGCCGCGGCGCUCAACCGCAGUCAGCCUAAGCCCUAGGUGCACUCCGUUGGGGCAUUAUUUAUGACAUGUACAGACUCUAGUCGCGUCCUGUUCGCAGGCCUUGGACAGUAGAAACGGCCCGGCAAGUUCCAUGUCGCGGGUCGUCCCGUAUUUAUUUGAACACAUUCUUUCCUUCGCUACGAUUCUCGAUUCCUUGUUCUCUUGCAAAGGGCAAGAGUAACUGCCAUUCAUUGCCAAAGAUUGUUACCAUCAGAACAGCUCGUCAGUUAGUAUGCAUUGUCCGCUAAGGGAACAAUUAGGCAAACCUGUUUGCGGAUAUCGAUACUUAAGGCGUGCCCUGUCAGCAUCAACGAAGCCUCUUCGCGGUUUCACUCAGGCCUGGCAAAUACCGAUGAAGAUCAAUGCCGCAUGCAUGAGUUCCCGAAAGGAGGCGCAGUACUUUUUGUCCGUCCCUUUAGUCAAUUGAGCGCACAUCUGCCAGCGCUGUAACUCAAUGCCUGUUGGCGGCUGUACAGUUGAAUUCACAAAGCUUUUCGUUCGUAAGAACGGCUUAUCAUUAUUCGACUAAUAUGAUCGCUCUCAUGAUUCGCCGCUGCCUGUUCUAAGGACAGAUCCUGCGUACGAACUGCUUUGUGGAUACGGACCCAGGGGCCGAAUUCACGUAGCUUUUCGUUCGUAACAAAUUUCAUGGGCUGGCCGCCUACGCUAAUAUGUUCGCUGCCAAGUUCGGCCAGCGGCUGUUCUUUAGGGCAAAUCUAGCGUACGAACCGCUUUGUGAAUACAGGCUCAGGUGUUUGCGGACGAAGCCUUGAGCGCUGCGGGUAAGCUGUACGGGCUUUGUUCGUGUCUCAAAGUGCCAUGUUUUUUUUUUCUUCUUUCUUUUUUUUUGUACCUGGUAAGGAACGAGCGUAGGAGGGGUACAUUCAGGCAUUUGCUGUUUAUAGGUGCAUGAGAGGUCCAGUUCUCAGCCUGUGUCUCGCAUGUCUCAAACUGAGCAUGCAGCAGCUUUAGCACCGAUCAUCUUUUUUCUUUUCUCAGUGAAAGUAAGAGCUCACUUCAAACUGUACAUACAAUAUGCUCACCCAUAUUUUGUCAUCCGGUUAGGACUAGUCAUGAAUUUCGUUUUCUAAUUCUGAAACGUAAACAAGACACGAUAUCUUUCCUCCCGAAAGGGAAUCAGCCUUCUCAUUAUCAUAUGCCUGUGGCGGAGCACUGUUGCCAUUUCCAUUGUACCGUGCACCGUCACGACAGUUGCCAUUUCUAGUUAUGACUGUUGACACAGCACCCACAGUGACUUCCAUAUGUAUGUGUUUGUUACACAGAUUUGUUGAUUGACCUUGAAAAAAAGAAAUGUCAUGUUCAUAUUGCCAUACAGC